UAACGGCAGAGGCGGACUACCAUACAGUGAGUCAGCGUAACUCUGUUAGCUCUUAAUGUUCAAACUCACCGGCUGUCAAAAAGCUCGCGGGGGUUGAUCCACGGCGGUUAGACAGAGCAGGAAAUUAACGUUAACUCAACCGCCCCCUUGCUCAACGGAUUUUACAACGGGUGUUUUUUGGCAGUUUUUUACCCAGUCAUGUGAUUGUAACGUAAAACCCCUAACCGGAAAACAGCGACGGACGACCCUCUCCGCCGCCAACGAAUGCAGCGUUUGCGAGGAACAGUAGAAGCCGCUGCGAGCCCAGAGAGGACGGACCCGGUAACAAACAAACAACGGCGACACGGCAAACUCCACGGAUUUACGCAGAGUGCAGGUUGAAGAAUGGAGUUGGCCAACCAUGGUCUUAUCCUGCUGCAGCAGCUUAACGCUCAGAGGGAGUUUGGCUUCCUGUGCGACUGCACUGUGGCUAUCGGAGAUGUCUUCUUCAAGGCCCACAAAGCUGUCCUCGCUGCGUUCUCAAACUACUUCAGAAUGCUCUUCAUUCAUCAGGACAGUGACUGUGUGCGCUUGAAGGCCGCGGACAUACAGCCAGAUAUCUUCAGCUACCUCCUCAACCUGAUGUACACAGGCAAGCUAGCCCCCCAGCUGAUAGACCCUGCACGCCUGGAGCAGGGGGUCAGAUUCCUGCAUGCCUACCCACUACUGCAGGAGGCCAGCCAGUCUGUGUAUUCACACUCUGAGCAGCACAACAUCAACCUGUCCACCUCCCUCUACGGCAUCCAGAUAUCAGACCAGCAGGUUGGGCUGUCGGCUCGAAUGCCCACUCGACGGCAGCUCUCUUCUCCUUUCGACAUGGAGCAGCUCAGCUCGGAGGGGAAGUUUCCGUCCAUUCCAGCCGCCACAACUUCAUUCGCUAACUCCUUACUGUCCAAGCUUAAUUCCUCAUCCCAGGACAUGGAGGCCUCGACCAGUGGCACCAAGCCUGCAUUGGAGGAGGGGGGAAUGGACUUGCUAAGUGCAGAUGGUUCCUCAGCCAGUGCCAUCCUCAAUGUAAAGCCCAGCAUCAUGAAGAGAAAUUCCUCCUUCAGGAAGCACUACUCCUGUCAUCUGUGCAGGAGUCGAUUCAACCAGAGGAGCCUGCUGAGAGAACAUCUCUUCCAACACACCCAGACUCUACACCAGGCACCGGCCGAGCCCAGCAACGCUCUCUCGCCCACCAUGAGCCGAAAUAAUAGCAUGCUCGAGUUAGAGGGGAUCCUGAAGGGAUGCAAGUCGGGGUUCAAUGCCUCGGCUGCCACUACAGCAGUAGAGGUGAUCAGCGACAGCGAGCAAACGCCUGUUUCAGGGACCAACUCAGACUCUCCCCGGGCCGAGGUGUCCACCUCCAGCUGGGGGGUGGGGGGAAUGAACUCUCAGGCUGACACACCGCCUCCGUCAGACAUUGCAGACAUCGACAACCUGGAGAGCGCCGACCUGGACAGGGAAGUGAAGCGGCGGAAGUACGAAUGCUCCACCUGCGGGCGUAAGUUUAUUCAAAAGAGCCACUGGCGCGAACACAUGUACAUCCACACGGGGAAGCCCUUUAAAUGCAGCGCAUGUGGCAAGAGCUUCUGCCGGGCCAACCAGGCGGCCCGCCACGUGUGCCUGAACCAGGGGGUGGACUCCUACACCAUGGUGGACCGGCAGAGCAUGGAGCUGUGCGCUGCCGGCGACGACAGCAGCCAGAUGGAGGCCAUGUUCAUGGGCUCGUCGAAGCCUUACAAGUGUAACAUUUGUGCGACCACCUUCUCCAGUCCCAACGAGGUGAUCAAACACUUGUGCUUUACUCAAGGGGGGCUAGUGGGGCUGCAGGGGGCCGCCGACGCAGGGAUGCUGCUGCAGCGCGAAGAGUUCUCCAAAGAUGAAGGAUCGGAUUUGUCCAACUCUGGCACCCCACUGGAACCCAUAAAGACUGAGGAAAUCCUCGUAGAGUAGUGCCAAAACUGUGUGUUGGUCCUUUUUACCAUGUGUGUUUACUUUCUAAAUGAUGGUUAAUAGGUAAGCUAAAGGUGAAGUUAGUCAGGGUAUGUAUGUUUGAGGUUCUCAAUUUACUAAAACUGUCUUUUUCCUUUCUUUUGUUUUGGUACAGUAUUUUUGGAAUUUUUUUACCCUAAAUAUGACUAAAAGUGAAUUAAUUGUAAAGUGCAUUGCCUUUAGCACUCUGGAAGUCAGACAUCUCUAGAAAAGUAAAUAUUAACAUUUGACUCAAGGCUAAGUUGAACACAAAUGAGGGAGAUUAAUUAAUUGUUACUUUAUUUCUUCUCAUCAUUUUAUUGUUAUUGAUAUAAUCCAUUGAUAUGUCAGGCUGUUACAAAUGAAAUGUUUUUAACAGAUUAAGCUGUGGUAAGGCUGCACACGCAGAUGUUGAGUACAAGAGGAAGAGGAAGCUCAGUUCUGGAAACGGCAUGCUGUGAGAGGGGUUUUCUGUGCUAGCUUUUUGAGGAGAAAGAGUUGCAAUUAAAGAACCGUCUGGAGCUGCGCAGAAGAGUUGUUUCUUCAUGGUCAUACAUUUGAGGCUUAUUCUGCAGAUCAGGUAUAAAUUAUAAGUCUAUCUUAAAGCACAAAACAUAUUCAGACCUGAGACAAUCCGUGCUUCUUUUUUUUAGUAGAAGCCCGAUAUGCAGGAAAGUACAUUUGUCUUCCAUUCAUGUUUUGGUUGGCUUUAUGGCCCAGAAAAACUGAUAACUUGAAAUGUUUAUUUAUGACCAUUGUAUGCAUCCUUCUCUGCAAACAUUUAGUUGUUUUAAUCUGUGUUUUAUUCACUGUGCUAAGUGUGAUUAUGUUUCCCAUGUCCUUACAUCUUAUUAAAGCACAAUUGCUUUUCAUAAUUUGGGUUUGGCCACAGAAAAUUGAUAACGACAAGUAAGAGCAUUCCUUGUGUUUACAGCUGAGCCACUUUGAUUAUUUUUCUAAAUGUACACACCUUGAUGGGAAGCUGUCCUGUAAAAGAUUUGACAUCUUGUCUUCGUAUAAUUUGCCUCAAUCUUAAAGUCCUUACAUUUUGGUUUGACAUGCUUUUAUACAAUGCUAUAUUUACAAAGAUUACUUUAUAUUGCAAAGGUUUCUAUUAGUAGACAUAUAGUUUUACAUAGACUACAGAUUACAUUUCGUUUAGCAAAAAUGUAUGUAUUAAGGAUGGGCAUGAUACAUGUAUGUUUUAACUUCUUAAAGAGAUCCAUUAGAAUAAAAAACCUUAUUUUGUGUUUUAAGCCUCGCCCCCUUGCCAAAUGUGUGCCAAAUGGUAAGCUUCUUGACCAUUGUGUGCUAAGAGAAAUGUUUUAAUCUUACCGUCUGACAUUUUUAUAAUUGAAGAAAUCAGAAGAAAAGUAUUAAUUAUAAGUUGUCAUUUAUAAAAAACGUUUAAAAAAAGUUUAGAUCAACAUGAUGAUGAACUGUGAUGAGUUGAUGUGCUCCAUCUGUUGGUGUGGAAGUCGUAUAAACUCAGGCGGUAGCUUAAAUAUGUUGUAGGACUAUAAAAUAUGGUAUAAUAAUUAUUACAUCAAAUGUUGCUGAUGAACAAAACAAUAAACAGGAACUACCGAUUACUUGAAAAUGCUAAAAUCUAUACAAACAUGUCCAGUAAUGUGAUUUGUCACGAUGAAAUAUGUCAUAGUCAAAAAGCAAAAUUCAGGUUUUUCAGGAACAUCAUUCAAAAGACCCCUUUGAACUGAGAUUAUGUUUUUUUGCAUAUCAAGAUGAACAAUAUUUUAGGGAGACUUGUUAAAACCUUUAUUGUUAUUGUUUCUUUAAAUGAAAAAUAAAUUCUACAUUGUAUUGUUAUUGCAAUUACUUUUUUGCUGCAAAAACGAACCAACACUUAAGGCUACAAAAACCAAAAAACAUUUCUUAGUCCGGCAUUUGUCUCCCUAAUCUUACUGCCAGAGAGCUGUCACGAGAGCUAGUUAACAAUUCAGACUUAUAAUAUAAAGUUAUUUAUUGUGCCAUGGAGAAGCUCAAUCAUAUGUAAAGUAGAAGGUAUUUUGAAUGUAGAAAUAUGCCCAUCCCUAGUAUGUUUCAUAUUCAUAGUUUUUUUCUUUUAUGCCAAUUGGAUUCAGCUUGUGACAGUGGGGGAUGAAGCCCAUUAUCAAUUAGUUUUUUUCUAUAAAAAAUCCAACUAUAUUAGGUAUUGAAUAGCAGGAGCUGCUGUGAUACAAUGAGCUCGGUGGUCAGCUAGGUGGAGCUGUUUGUCUUAUUGGUCUACUCAGGUUUAGUGAGGCUGUCCAAUUUGAAGUAAUAUCUUUACAAAUAGUUUUGUGAUUUGUUGGCCAAAUAUAUGACCAUAUUUGCUAUGUUUCAUUAGUCCUUACCAUAAAAGAAACCCACACAUGUCUGUGAAUUUAUUCUCAAGUGUUUAGUGUUGACCAAUAAAAAGGAUUCUUGUUUGUUUCUUUUA